AUGUCCCGUCUGGUUCCUUACUUAGUCACCCCUGAACCUAAAUACAUAGCGCGUUUUAUUGGAGGCCUAGCACCAGAGAUCAAAGGAAAUGUCAAAGCAUCCAGGCCUACCACAUAUAGGUCCGUGGUGGACUUAUCCUUAUCCCUCACAUUAGAUGCUAUCAGGAAUAAGUCUGUUAAGACUUCUGAUAAGGGAAAAAGGAAAAGGGAAGAGGAAAGUUCCCAUCAUUCAGACAAGAAGAAAAAGGGGAAUUCUGAGCACAAGAAAGGUACCGAGUUCAAGAAAAACUCGAGUCAGUCUGACAACAUGCCUAAGUGCAGAAACUGCAGAAAGCGUCAUUCUGGGAAGUGUACAAUGGACCCACAUGCUAAACUUUGUGGGAUUCGCAAGACGAAGGGUCACAAGAUGUUAGAAUGCAAGGAUUUGAAAAACAAGACUUGUUACAGCUGUAACGAGAAAGGGCACAUCGAAACCAAUUGCCCAAAAUUUGCAAAGAAGCCUGAAGAGGCUAAAAAGACGAACGCACGAGUCUUUCAGAUGAACGCCCAGGAAGCGGUACAGAAUGAUAAUGUGAUAACAGGUACUUUCCUCAUCAAUGAUGUUUAUGCUAGAGUUUUGUUUGAUUCUGGCGCAGGUUAA